AUGUCGACUCCACGAUUGCCCGCCGCGACCUGUGACGAUGAACAACAACCACUUCUUCAAAAUGGGCAGAUUAGAAAGAAGUCCUCCACCUCGUUUGCGCUGCAACUGUUUAUUCUGUGCUAUCUGAGGCUCGUGGACCCCCUAAACUUUACGCAAAUAUUCCCCUACAUCAAUCAGUUCCUGGCCGACCUCAACGUUUCUGAAGAUCCGUCGAAGAUAGGACUGUACAGUGGAUUAGUGGAGAGCGCAUUUGCACUCGCUCAGCUCCUUGCGAUAUAUCCGUGGGCUUCUCUCUCUGACAGGAUUGGGCGCAAACCUGUGAUACUCUCCGGCGUUUUCGGACUGACAAUCGCAACGUUACUUUUUGGCGUUUCUUCGAGUUUUCCGGCGAUGCUCGCAGCUAGAGCAUUGGCUGGAAUGUUCUCUGGGAACGUGUCGAUUAUCCCCACUGUCUUAUGUGAUAUAACAGACGCUUCAAACGAGGCCUUCGCGUUCUCACUUUUUACGGUGUGGUGGCCAAUUGGUUCUAUCGUGGGCCCGCUCAUUGGUGGUUUUGCUUCAGAUCCAGAUGUGUUGCCAGAGAAAUACCGGCACGGGAUAUUUGAAGAGUAUCAGUACUUUUUACCAUGCCUUAUGGUUGCCGCCAUCAAUUUUGGAGGCUUCUUACUGACGUAUUUCUUUCUUCAAGAGACUGUCGAAAAGGGAGCUGAGAGUAAACCGACCUUCGGAACCACCACAAAACUUCUUUUGUCGAUUCCAAUAUUCCGCACAAUCUGCGCAUCCGCCUUCAGUCUGAGCUUCCUCACCGUCUCGUUCGAAGUGGUAUUCGUCUUGUUCUGUUAUUCUCCCGUUUUACAAGGAGGAUUAGGCCUUUCGGUUCAACAAAUUGGCUACUCCCUCGGAUUUGCUGGAUUUGUCGGUGCCAUUUCUCAAUUCCUUAUUCUCCCGGUUCUCUUACGCCGCUUCGACCACGCAAAAAUAUAUUAUGCCUGCGUUAACGUGUGGCCGCUGGUUUUUCUUGCCUUACCAGCUUUAAAUAUCUUAGCGCGACGGGUAUAUGACCCAUUGGUGGGGAAAACGAGUAGUUCCGGGUAUGAUGCAUCACUAUGGACGGGGAUCGCAGUGGUCUUGGCCACGUCAAAAGUUGGGAUCUGGCCCUAUCUAGUGAACAUGCUGUUAGUUAAAAAUUACACACCUCCUUCGGUCAUCGGUUCCGCGAACGGGUUGCUACAGCUCUUCAUAUGCAUAUCCAGAGCUUUUGGCCCCAUUAUUACUAGCACGAUAUUCUCCCUGUCAGUUUCUAGACAUUUGCUCUCGGGAUACCUGUGGGCAAUAUUCCUAUCGGCUCUUGCAAUUGGGGGCACCUUGGUUGCUCGUAGAAUCAUUAACCAUUCGCAUAGACUUAGAGUCCAACAGCUUUAACAUACGGACGUAGACAAAAAGUAUAUGUCCAUUUUAGGUAGUUUCCCUUCCUUUUUGAAAAGAAAGUAGACUCGUGACGUCGG